AUGGCCGACAGCAAGGAAGCGGCCGUCAGCGUGCAGCCGUCGCCGGCUGUGUCAACCGACGGCGAGCUCACUGUUUCCGGCUACGACGGCGGCCACCACCUCCAUUUUGCCCAGCGCGGCGCCGAGGUCGACCUCGUGACGGUCGGCGCCAGCACCGACGCGGACAUUGACGGCUACGACGCCGCGCGGAUGCGGGCGCGGUCGGCGCUGACGGCCGCCGAGGAAAAGAAGCUGAUGCGGCGGGUGGACGUGCGCAUGAUGAUUCUAUGCUCGCUCAUCUUCCUCAUCAAAAACCUCGACUCGGCCAACCUCUCCAACGCGCGCAUCAUGAACGCCGGCACGCCGCGCAACAUCAUGACGCAGCUGAAGCUGACGUCGGACGAGUACAGCCUCUUGACGGUGCUGUACUACGUGCCGUACAUUGUCCUGGAGGCGCCGUCCAACCUGCUGCUCAAGCGCGCGCGCCCGAGCGUCUGGCAGGCGCGCAUCAUUGUGUCGUGGGGCAUUGCGCUGCUGUGCCACGUGCCCGUGCACAACAAGGGCGGCAUCUACGCGACGCGCUUCCUGCUGGGCGUGUUUGAGGCCGGCAUGUUCCCCGGCGUCAUCCUGCAAAUGACCUACUGGUACCGGCCCGACGAGAUGUCGAUCCGGCUGCUGUAUUUCUACUGCCUUGGCAGCUUCUCGGGCAUCAUCAGCGGCCUUUUGGCGUAUGGCUUUGACUAUGCCUCUGGCCACGGCGGCCUCUCUGGCUGGCAAUGGCUCUUCCUUGUCGAGGGCAUCAUCACCGUGCUGAUCGGCAUCGCCAUCUACUUUUUGCUGCCUGACUUCCCCGACACGGCCAAGUGGCUGACGCCGCGGGAAAAGGCCUUCAUCCAGGCCCGGCUUCCGCCCAACGCGCCGCGCGCCGACGAGCUCAACUUCAACCUGCGCGAGCUGACCGCCGCCUUGAAGGACAGCCGGCUCUGGCUGUUUACGUUCAUCUGGGCCUUCUUCACCGUCGGCACCAGCGGCGUCUCCUUUUUCCAGCCCACUGUCAUUGCCAAUCUCGGCUACACGACCAUUGCGCAGGCGCAGCUUCUGAACCUGCCGGUUUCCAUCCUCAGCAUCAUCCUCAUCGCCCUCACCGGCUACUUCGCCGACAAGAGCCGCCUGCCCCGCCCCGUCUAUCCGCUGACCGUCUAUGCCAUUGUCCUCGCCUGCUACGGCGUCAUGGUCGCCUACCCGUCCGACGGCGGCGUCUACGCGGCCACCCUCAUCGGCAACUCCGUGUCCGCCACCUUUUAUCCGCUCAUGUGGCCCUGGCGCGUCCAGACCACGGCCCACGCCACGGGCUCGGCGUUUAGCAUCGGCUUCGUCAACAGCUACGGCCAGAUCGGCGGCGCCAUUGGCCCCCAAAUCUUCCGCGCCAAGUACGCGCCGCGCUACCGCCAGAGCUUCACGGCCGCCAUGGCCUGUGUGGCCGGCGGCGUUGUCGUCACGCUGCUGACGUGGUGGGUCACGCGCCGCACCGAGCGCGACACGCGGAUGCUGAAGCGGGCGCGGCUGACGGCCAGCAAGAAGGGCAUGACGGUCCUCGAGGAUGUGGUCGACCACGACGUCGGCGCCAAGAACAGCGACAACGACAGUCUUUGA